CCCUGAGGUACCUUUCUACUCAUAUUCCAUGGGAUUUGUCUUUCAUACCUUGAGACCUUGUUGACUCUGGUGAUUUCCUCGCUCCUGCAUCUCUUUGCCUGUGUCUCUCAACACUUGAACUCAAAUCACUCCUUUUCACUGAUUGCAAGAUUCAAUCUUUACUCAGGUACAAGAACAUCUUCACGCGCUCCAAGAUGGCAUUACCUGUGGUGAGAAGUCUUGUGGAAUGUGCCGACUAUAGUAACACCCUCGCUCCGUAUACCUACCAACUACGGGCGCUACCCGAGGUGUUCGUUCAAGCCCUGACCAACGUUGCCGCACUGAAACAGCUGUAUCUCGACACGAACCCUCUUGUUUCAGCGAUUGCAUUCUCGGUUGCUAUCUCUCCCAUCUUCUUGGUCGUCUCAGAAUUCAACAAGAACUAUUCACAAGUCGAUCGAGUCUGGUCCAUCCUCCCGACCAUCUAUAACCUCCACUAUGCCAUCUAUGCACACUUGGCUGGAAUUGACGCCACUAGGAUUGGCCUUGUGGCUGGGAUCAGCGCAAUAUGGAGUACGAGAUUGACGUACAACUACUAUCGCAAAGGAGGCUACUCGAUCGGUAGCGAGGACUAUCGUUGGGCCAUUGUUAAGAAACAAGUCGGAUCUGGGCUCUUUUUCCUCUUCAAUGUUGCUUUCAUCUCGCUCGGACAAUCACUUCUGUUGGCCACUGUUACUACCCCGACCUAUGUGCUGCUCCUUGCCUCGAGACUUGCGACGUAUAGUUCCGAGGUGCCAGGUCUGGGCCUCGAAGAUAUGGUUGCAGCUAGCAUCAUGCUGAGUGCAAUUGCGGUAUCUUUCAUCGCCGAUCAACAACAAUGGGACUUUCAGACAGCCAAGUCCAAUUAUCGAAGUAAUGCAAAAGUUCCUGCUGGUUACGAUCAAGAAGAUUUGGAUCGCGGCUUUCUCACAAAGGGACUGUUUGCAUAUUCCCGACACCCGAAUUUUGCUGCGGAACAGACUGUGUGGGUCAGCCUCUACAUUUGGUCCUGUCUCGUGACGCGAACAUGGCAUAACUGGACCGGCAUUGGUGCAUUGUCAUACUUGUCGCUCUUCCAGGCCAGUACAUGGCUUACGGAACUGCUCUCUGCACAAAAGUAUCCGGAGUACAAAGUCUAUCAGCAGAGGGUAGGGAAGUUUCUACCCUCUCCAACCUCAGCUGGUUCGGUUUUCCCAAAGAAACAGAUCAAAGAUGUUGGUAACGCUCAAACCAAGCAUAUUGAGGCCGUUAAGGCUAGGGAAAGAUAUGAUCUGAGGUGAAAUACACACAUCAUCCGUGCGGGUUAGUCGUUUGAAUCCCUGAGCAAUAUGUUUUAUUCAACACCCUUGGGCUGUGUCGUCGAUCACUGUUUGUUGGUUGACUAAGAAGUCUCGGCUCGAAACGAGGCCCAAACUACUGUACGUACUAAAGGGCGUAGAUCUCCAAGCGCUGAUAUGUAUGAUUCCUGAUAAGACGUAGCGUUAUGCAUGGAAUGGUUUUGCCCUCCGGUAUCA